UUGCUAGCGUUCAAAUUGGAAUGUCAAUCGCCGAAUACGUUAACGUUUGUUUCUAAAUGUUUCUUGUAACAAUGUUAUAUGUUAGGACAUGUUACUGUAAACUAUUUUCAUCAGCAGUGGAUAAACUAGACCAUGAAUCGUGAACAAUCAAGUGGAAAUGCAAGAGGCGAUUAGGUUAUCUUCAACAACAGUUAACGUUAGUUAGCUAAGUUAACGUUCGUGUGUUUGUAAAAGGCAUACUUCGGGAUUUUAUCUACUUCCCCAGAGUUGGGUGAACUCUUGGAUACCAUUUGUAUGCAUCUGUGUCAAGUAAGGACGUUAUAGGCAGUGUCGCUAACACAAUGUCUAGAAGUAAGAGUGUGGGUAUUUGUUAGCUAGCAGAUACCCAUAGACUUCCAGUCAUUGCGCUAACGCUAGUUAACUUCCUUAUUACUGCACGCAGAGAUUUACAAAAGGUAUCCACAAGUUCAUCUGACUCUGUGGAAGUAGAUAAAGUAAAAAGCCUAAUUGCAAAAAUCCUGACGUAACCCCAAUGCUGCCUAGCUGGAUGACAAUGUUUUUAAAGUUACCAGCUAGCGUGACUGCAACUACAGGAUCUUGUUCUCGGUUGAUAUAGUUGCCUAGCUAGCUAACUACAUUGUUGCCUCUCAAGUUUUAAUACGACAUCCUCAAUGCAAUUGUCAUAGUUUUUUUGCUAAUAUAAUAUUUCUGCAUUGUAUGGGUAUUGAUCAUAGACCUACUCAGUGUAGCUGAAGGCAUACAUUGUUAUGAUGCCAGUCUUGUCACCUGACCUGGCAGCACCAAGCUGUGUCAGUGGCAUCCUAGCAAAUCUGGGCUGGGCACAUUGUAUUGUGUGAACCAUGAUAUGAUAAUGAAUAAAGAUAACCUCUCUAGUCUAAUUUCUUUCUUUUGACUGGACUGGUGUUGGGAUGCUACUGGAACAGCCUAUCCUGUGGCUUUGUGUUCGACGAUGUCUCAGCCAUUCUGGACAACAAGGACCUGUGGCCUGCCACCCCACUCUGCAACCUGUUCUUCAAUGACUUCUGGGGCACACCCAUGUCUGAGGAGAGGAGCCAUAAGUCCUACCAGCCCCUGACCGUGCUCACGUUCCGGCUGAACUACCUCUUCAGUGAGCUGAGUUCUGAAUCCUACCACCUGCUCAACGUGGAGCUACAUGCAGUGGUGUGUGUGCUCUUCCUGCGCAUCUGUCGUCUCUUCCUGGAUAAGACCUCCAGCCUAGUGGCGGCGGCGGCCCUGCUUUUUGCUGUGCACCCCAUCCACACAGAGGCCGUGACUGGUGUUGUAGGAAGAGGGGAGCUCCUGUCCUCCAUCUUCCUCCUGGCAGUGUUCCUGGCCUACAUCAGAUCUAAAGGAGCCGACCACUCCAUUGUGUGGACGCUCAUUGCUGUGACCGUGGUUUUGGUGGCUGCAGCCACAUUAUGCAAGGAGCAGGGAAUCACAGUCAUUGGCAUCUGCUGUGUCCAUGAGGUGUUUGUUGCACAAGGGUUCACACUACCCAUGCUGCUGGACACCCUCCAGGUGCUGAGGGGUAAAGAUGGUUUCCCCUAUGCCGCCCUGCAGACACUCCUCAAGCUCGUAAUCCUCAUCAUCAGCACCUUGCUGCUGGUCAUCAUCAGGGUACAGGUCAUCCAAUCACAGCUUCCCGUCUUUACCAGGUUUGACAACCCUGCGGCAGUCAGCCCCACUCUGGCCAGGCAGCUGACUUUCAACUACCUGCUGCCAGUGAACGCCUGGCUCCUUCUCAACCCAUCAGAGCUGUGCUGUGCCUGGACAAUGGGGACCAUUCGUCUGGUGGAGAGCCCUCUGGACCUGAGGAACCUUGCCACCCUGGCCUUCUACAGCCUCCUGGGCCUGCUGGCCUAUCACAGCCUGCGCCACUCAAACUCCUCCGCCAAGACCGUCCUCAUGGCCCUCUCUUUGAUCAUGCUCCCCUUCAUCCCAGCCUCCAACCUCUUCUUCCCUGUGGGCUUUGUGGUGGCAGAAAGGGUGCUCUAUGUCCACAGUAUGGGAUUCUGUGUUCUCGUGGCACAUGGCUGCAGGAUUGUCUCCCACAAAGGACACAUGAAGAAAAUAUCCUGGCUGGUGACCGGAGUGCUCCUCACCACACACACAGUCAAGACCUUCAACAGAUACUGGGACUGGGAAUCUGAAUACACGCUUUUCACCUCUGCCCUGAAAGUCAACAAGAACAAUGCCACGCUAUGGAACAAUGUUGGCCAUGCUCUGGAAAAUCAAAACAAUUACGAAAAAGCUCUGAGAUAUUUCCUCCAGGCCACCUGCGUCCAACCAGAUGACAUUGGAGCCCAUAUGAAUGUGGGCUCCGAUGUGACCUACAAUGUGACCUACAAAAACUUGAACAAGUCCAAGGAGGCUGAGGAAGCCUACCUGGUUGCCAAAUCCCUCAUGCCACAGGGAAGAAGGGUGGCGCCCAACCACCUGAACGUGUACAUUAACCUGGCAAACCUGAUCCGUACCAACGACUCACGUCUGGAGGAGGCUGACCAACUCCACAGACAGGCCAUCAGCAUGAGGCCUGACUUCAAGCAAGCCUACAUCAGCAUGCAAGACGAUGCCAACGGCUACUUCAACCUGGGGAUGCUUGCCAUGGACGCCAACAAGAAUGCUGCAGCCGAGCGCUGGAUGAGGGAGGCCAUCCGUCUACAGACGGGCUUCCGCAGCGCCCUCUUCAACCUGGCCCUGCUCUACUCGCAGUCUCAACAGGAGGUGGAUGCCCUGCCUGUAUUAGACGAGCUGCUGCACCACCACCCAGACUAUGUUAAAGGUUUGAUUCUCAUGGGGGAUAUCCUGAUGAACCACAAGAAGGACAUCCAGGGUGCCAAGAUCUGCUUCCAGAGGAUCCUCCGUAUGGACCCCACCAACGUGCAAGGGAAACACAACCUGUGUGUGGUCUACUUCGAGGAGCGAGACCUGCCGAGAGCGGAGCGCUGCCUGGAGGAAACGCUGGCCCUGGCACCCAACGAGGAGUACGUACGCUGCCACCUGGGCGCCGUGCGCGGCAAGAUGGAGGCCAUGUCUGCCCCGCUGAGCCCAGCUUCAGCAGAGGGCGCAGCUACGCUAGCCAAGGCGGAGGAAAAGAAGCUGGGUAAGGAGGAGGAAGGGAGUGGAGCCACCGACAGCGAUAGGGUUGGGGAGGGUACCGGGAAUAAGAAGAAUGCACGGAAAUCCUCCUCGGCAAAAAGCUUUCGAGGUGGUGGCGACAGCCAAUCAGAGCAUCUGGACGGCAGCCAGGCUGACAAACAGCUGAGGACUAAGAGCAAAUCCAGAAAAGAGAUGAAAGAUAUAGAGAAGAAACGGGCAACCGCCUUGAAGAGACUGGAGGAGAUUGACUUCAUUUUAUGCGGUGAUUAACCUUGCUGUUAUUUACCGCAGUGCAGGACACAUUUAUGUAGAGCUAUUAACAGCUCCUGAAUCACAGGUGUGAUACGUCCUAAAUUGCACCCUAUAAUAACAUAUACAAAACAUUAAGAACACCUGCUCUUUCCAUGACAUAGACUGGCCA